AUGCCAUACGCAGCCCUAACCUUCCUCUACCCCAACUACGGCUCGCUCACAGGCCGGUCCCAGGCGCGCAGCUACCACGACCUACACAACACCGAAAUCAAAAGACUAACUUCCAUCCUCCGCAACUUUCCCUCUGUAACCUCUCGUUCUGCGAGCUUAGAGCAAAAGUACUGGAAUGCUGUCAAAGAGCAAAUAUACGAUCUCCCCACAAACCUCCACUCCUUAUCAUCUCGAAAGCCUGACAAAGGGAACUUAUGCUCUGGUCAUUCACGCCUGAAUGCCGAGCUAACAGAAGACGUGUGGGAAUGGGUACGCUACGAAUUCGACCACGGCAUCGGCCACUUCCUUUACCCCCUCAUCGUACAAGCCGGAUUAUCCGCAGUCCAAGAACUCAAAGUCCGGCAACUUGAACCCGUGCUCGAAAUGUGGCGAUGUGACUUCACUUCCGCGAUGUCUGUGCCUGAAGGACGGGAGCCCCUCUGCGUGGGGGAAUUCUACAACGGUGUGUUUAUCUCGAAAUGGAAGUUCCAGCACGAUAAAUGUCCGGCCUGUAUGCUUGCAAGGAUUGGGUCGGAUUGGCGGGUUUGCUUUGCACUGCUUACGGGCAUGGUGGGAAGGCGGAGGAAGAAGUAUAUUGGGACGAGGGAGAAUGUGAAGAGUAAGCGGGUUAGAUGGGUAAGGUAUUGGCUUAAGGGUUUUAGGCAUGGGGGGAAGCUUGUGGAUGAUGCGUGGGAUCUAGGCGAGGAGUUGAGGCGGACUAAGAGGGCUUGGGAGACGCAUAUAAGGCAUCGCCUACUGCGGGAUUUCUAUGGUAGGGUUGUUUCGUAUAAAGGAAAUGAGGUGGGGGAGGCGCCUAUUGAGGUGGAUAUCUCGGAGCCUUUCGAUCCUGCUUCGAAUGCGACUGGAAGAGAGAAUGCUAACCCGGCUACGAGCAUAGUCUCAGAGGGCUCUUCUAUCAUUGGAUAUGGCUACAGCCUCUCCGAGCCUUUCAUCCCCAACACGGGGACCAAUACUAGCCCCAACCCCGAUCCCACACCUCGAACGUUCUACUCAUACCUACACCAACCCAAAACCAUAAAAUACAACACUCUCUGCAACCGCAGUUCCUCCAUCUACUCCACCUCCACUUUCGGCACGCCCCUCACUCUCUUAACCUCCAAUGUCCCGUGUCCCCAAACCAAUCCACCCAAUAAUACCCACACCCCGACAUCCAGCCCCAGCCCCUCUCUCCACUGCUCCUCCUCAACCUCAACCUACGCCCUCAGCAUCGCCUCCUCCCUCACCUCCAACGACACCCAGAUCCUGAGCCCAGAACUCGAGCCCCUGUUCUCAGGAAGCUUCCACAGCAUCCCUUCAAACCACCCCCAAUGCCACAUUCCAGCCCCCUCAUCACUACGAUCACAGAAGGGGAGUGUGGAGCCUGCACCGUUACGGCCCUCUGAUAUUUCCACACAGUCUGGGGGGGCGCCGAAAUGGGGCCGGACUCAGCGGGUUGAAGACUAUGGAGGAAUGAGAUCGAAUCCCUUGGUGGCUAAUCAUCAAUCAAUGUACACGGGCUUCAGAGAGGUGGAAUUGGAUGAUGAUUUUUAUGAUAAUGUCAGUCGGCCCCGGAGUCCCGCGGGAGCAGCAGCUGGAGAGAAUGAGGAGAGGAUUGAGAAGGAGGGAGGUUUUAAGGAGAGGGUUCUGAGUGGAAUUAGGUGGGCUGGGACUGAGACGGAGAAUAGGUCGAGGAGGGAAAGUACGUGGACGAAGAACACUAGGUGGAGCGAUUUGUAUGAUGAUUAA